AUGGUUCCCCUGCAAAUUCACCACCUCACCCCAUCAUUCUUCAUUUCCCAAACUACCCCUCUCCACUCUUCUCUCCCUCUUCCUCACCUUAUCUCUCCCACCUCUCGAAGAACCAAAAUUUCUCUCAAACCCAACCCCUUUUCGCUUCCCCCAAUUUUACUAUCCAACCCCACCUUCAAAUUUCUUAGGGCAUCAGCAAGUCAAGCAUCAUCAUUUUCUACAAAUGAAGAAGAAAGCACUGAAAUUUCACCCGAGCUUGAAGACUUAUCGCCCGACGGCGUCGUUUAUAAGAAGACAUUAGCAUUGGUGGAGUGCUCCAUGUUUGCUGCACUUACUGGCUUGGUGUACUUCCUCAGCAAUUCUCUCGCAAUUGAGAAUUAUUUUGGAUGCUUCUUCUCGUUGCCAAUAGUGAUCACCUCAAUGAGAUGGGGCAUCGCUACUGGAAGAAAAACUAUGGUGGCAACAACUAUGCUAUUACUAGUUUUGUCUGGUCCAGUGAAAGCCUUAACUUAUCUGCUUAAGCAUGGUUUAGUUGGUUUCACAAUGGGAGGUUUAUGGAGGUCAGGAGCAAAUUGGGGUCUUUCAAUUCUCUUGUGCACAAUUGUUCGAUCACUGGGCGCUGUAGGCUAUGUUUUGAUAUCUUCAUUCUUGAUAAGUGAAAACAUACUUGCUUUGAUCACUAUAAACAUUCAUGCUUCUCUAACAUUCAUAUUCACUGCAUCGGGCAUCUAUACAGUCCCUUCGAUGGGAGUGAUAUAUGCCUUAUUUGGCACUCUGUGGAUCCUUCAUGUUCUUGCUGCACCUAUUGUAUUCGGUGUUCCUUACCAGGCUUGGAAUGAAAUCAUCAUUGAGAUUGCCAAGAUGGCUAGAGAAGGCUAUAUGACUGCUUUCGUGGGAUUGAUAAAUUAA